AUGCUCCUUUUGGCACUGAGGAAAGCCACGGGGGGUGGAAAAACCUCUAGGCCGGGUCAUCCGGAAUACCUAGUCGCAGGAUACUACUUUGAUGCUCUGGAGUUUCGAUUUGGAGCAGCAUCUGCGGAUAGUGCUGCCAUCAGAUACUCCGUGGACGAGACCCGAAUUCAUUUAACACUUGCUUCCGUAAUUUUGGUGAUAUCUACAAUUGCAAUGACAAAAGUCUUAGCAGAUUCAUCAGAUUGCAUUGGAAAUUGUUCCGACGUUGAAGUACCAUAUAUUCCACACAAGUUAUGCACAAAAUUUUGUGUGUGUGAUCAUGGACAGCCUAUUGAAAUGUCAUGUCCAGCAAACCUUCAUUUUUCCCCGGAAAAUUAUGUCUGUAUGAAUCCCGCAGAAGCUGAUUGUCAAGGAGAAACAUCUUUUGUCAGAAGCAAUAAAAAAAUUAAUAAUAAUAAUAAUAAUAAUAAUAAUAAUAAUAUUCACAAUCGUAAUAAUAAUUAUAUUUCAAAUGAUAGCAAGAAUAAGAGAAUCAUCCCUUCAAAAUCUUCAUGCCUUGGAGAAUGUGGCACCUCAAUAAAUUAUUUAGUUCAUAAAGACGCUGACAAAUUUUGUCUGUGUUACUUUGCCAAUCAAAUAAUAAUCGAGUGUCAAUCUGGAGCUAAAUUUGUACCAGAAUUAAACAACUGCAUGAAGGAAACUGACUUGAAAAAGCACGAUGUCAGAAAGGCCAAAUGUAUCGGCGCAUGCCCGGCAAAUAUGCAGCCAGACGUCAUUUACCUGAUUCCCCAUGAAAAUUCAAUUUUGGCAAUUGCUGCAAUAGUUAUUACAAAAGUAUCAGCAGAUUCAUCAGAUUGCAUCGGAAGCUGUUCAAGUAGUAAUAUUCCGUACUUACCUCACAAAGUUUGCAGCAAAUUUUGUAUGUGCAGCCAAGGAUCGCCUAUUGAAGUAUUUUGUCCUCAAGGACUCCAUUUUUUGCCGCAACAAUACGUCUGUGUAGAUCCCCAAGACGCUCAUUGUCAAGGAUCCUCACCGAGCAUACAAAACAGUGGUUGUUUAGGAGAAUGUCCACCUGCAAGUGCAGAUUUAAAUCAAAUUGCUUUAUUAGCUCAUGAAAAAUGUGAUUUAUACUGUUACUGUACUCAAGAAGGCAUACCGUUGGUUGGAAAUUGUGCUGAUGGUCUUCAUUUCAAUAUCGAUUACGCUACUUGUUUGAAACCAGAAUUGGCUAACUGCACUUCUUCAUCUAUUCAGGAAAAAAUUUUUAAUUCAUUAACAAGUCAACACCAAAUAAAUUUAAUUAUAGUUUUAGCAAUAGUGGUGUUGCCUCGCAUAUCGUCAGUCGAAAUUGAAGAAUCAAGAAAGUUUCAUUUGUUCCAAAAUCAAAAUUCUGAAACACCGAAAUGCAUUGGAGAGUGUUCAUUUAGAAAUCUUUACACAAAAUUACCUCAUGAGGAAUGUAAUAAGUUUUGCAAAUGCAUUUUGGGACACUUGAGAGUAAAAAAGUGCCCAAAAAAUAAGCACUAUUCAACAGAGUCGAAACAUUGUGUAUUGCCGAAUAUUGCUAAAUGUGAGGAACGAAAAGGAUGUGUAGGAACGUGUCCCGAGAAAGAUUGGCCUCAAGUCGCUCAUGUUUUGCCUCAUUCGGACUGCAAAAAGUUUUGCAAGUGCCAAAAUGGUACUGCUCUGAUCAGAGAUUGUCCGUAUGAUUUUAAGUUUAACAUUGAUCAUGGAAUUUGCUAUCCGCUCAAUGAAACUAAUUGCAUUUCGGAUGGAAAUAUUACUACAACUACUCCAAAAUUCAAAGAAUCGUGUAUUGGUUCAUGUCCUUCAAAUUCUGAUGAUUUGUUUUAUUUGCCUCAUGAUAACUGCUCAAAGUAUUGCAUUUGUAUUGAUGAUCAGCCAAUUGAGCAGCAAUGCAAAGAUGAUCAACAUUUUUCAAAAGAGUUAAACAAGUGUGUAACACCUGCUGAAGCUAAUUGUCUAUCAGAUGUAAAUAUUACGACAACCACUCCAGCAUCUAAAGAAUCAUGUAUUGGUUCAUGUCCUUUAAAUUCUGAUGAUUUGGUAUAUUUGUCUCACGAUAACUGUUCAAAAUAUUGCAUUUGUGUUGAUGAUAAGCCAGUGGAGCAGCAAUGCAAAGAUGAUCAACAUUUUUCAACAGAAUUAAAAAAGUGUGUAAUACCUGCUGAAGCUAAUUGUCUACCAGAUUCAUGUAUCGGUUCAUGUCCUUCAAAUUCUGAUGAUUUGAUUUAUUUACCUCAUAAUAACUGUUCAAAAUAUUGCAUUUGUAUUGAUGACAAGCCAUUGGAGCUGCAAUGCAAAAGUGACCAACAUUUUUCAACUGAGUUAAAUAUGUGUGUAACACCUGCUGAAGCUAAUUGCAAAAUUCAAACCAUCUCUUUAAAGACUUUUGAUUCUUCUUCAGAAACUAAAUUAAUUUAA